AUGUCUCCCAUGACUCCCACUCCCACUCCCACUCCCACUUCGACUGCGGCGGAGUCGUCCCCCAUUCCCAAGGCGAUCAACUAUCCCUACUCGGCCUACCAGCUCAAAAAGCCCCCGAGAGAUCCCCGGCGCAUCAUCAACCUGACAGAGUGGUUCUUCUCGUGCAACAGGCCCGGCUACCAGGCCUGGAUUGCAGCGCAGCGCAACCCCAAGCCCGCCAGCCCGCCCCUCACGUACAGGGAGAAGAGGCUCAGGGCCGAGGCGAGGCGCGCCGAGAGGAACGAGAAGCUGGCCAUGGCGGCCAGGAUAGCCAGGGACGCCAACAAACCGCAGGCCGGGCCGCGGAGCAAGAUAUUUGUCCAGCCCGAGAAGGAGAGGCGCGAGGCCGCCAAUAUCAGGGCCGCCGAGCUCAAGGCCGCCAACAGGAGAGUCGAGAUGAGGCCCAGCAUCCCGCUGGUUCGCGAACCGGCCGAGCAACGCCGGGAAGAGGAAAAGCUGGAAGAAGCCAAACGAUCUGAUGCGCACAACCAGUUCGUUGUAUCAAGCGAAAAGGCCAAGCGGGUGGCCGCUGUGGCGGCUGAGAAAGCCGAGCGCCGCCGUUUGGCGCUUCAAAGGGACGUUGAAAAACGAAUCACGGAACACCAAGCUGAGCGCGAGAAGGACGAACAGGAGUAUGGUUGGAAAGCAGAACUAAUGGAUACUGAGUGCUAA